GGCGGGAAGAGCUAGGGCAAGGGCGAGCUAGGGCGCCAUGGACGAUAGCUGCGCCUCGGGCGGUCUCGGUGUCGAAGCGAACGGCAAGGAGAAUCUCUUACCGACACAACAGAUCAAGAGGAAGCCUGUCACUGCUGUGAAGCCCCAGGAUCCAAAGCGCUUGCGAGUGUGCAAGGCGGGAGGAAUGGAGUGUUCCAGCAAGGAAUUCUCAGGAACGUUGGGUUCCGAAUUGAGCGACGGGUAUUCCUCUCGGAUUCUUCAGUCGGGCAUGGUCAUCAACGUACAGCGAUGCGGGGAGAGGUCCGCGAGCGAGAUCCAAGCAGCAAGUUUGCGUUUUGGUGGCAAGCGCACUGGUUUGAGUCUCGGGGGAGUGAGAGCUCCUUUGGCAAGAAGUCUAGACUCAAAAGUUACGAUGGAUGAGGGAGAUUUUGGGGAUGUGACAGAGGUAGAGAAAAGGAGCAAACGAGCACCAGCUGUCGGAGGAACUUCAGAUAGCUCCGGAAAGCCGAAGGUCUCGCAGAAUUCCGCGGGGAAUUUUGUGAAGCUCAAUAUCAACGGAAAAGGACGUAAGAAUCGCAAGUUCCUCAAUCGUGCAUCUUCUGGCAAGAAGUCGUCUUACCGUGGACGUAGAAGAUCCAGUUUUAAGAAGAAGGACUGCGACAAUGCCGUCGAUGAAGGGAAGGAUCAGAUUUGGGAGGACGAUGGCUGGUGCGAUUCUGGGAAUGGAGAGCCUCUUCAACGCCAAGAUGAAGCUUGCCUCCCCGACGAAGCACUCGCGGCUUUGAAAGAUCCAACUGACCACAACUUAUUGAAGGUUCUUCGUUCUGUUUUUGGAUACGCUAGCUUCCGGAAGGGACAGGUAGAGACGAUUCGUUGCGUGCUGUCAGGGCAGUCAACCAUGCUUGUUCUUUCCACCGGUGCUGGAAAGUCACUUUGUUACCAGCUUGCAGCCUAUCUUCUACCUGGAACCACUCUGGUGAUAAGCCCAUUGUUAGCAUUGAUGGUUGAUCAGUUGCGUCAUCUUCCAUCGGCGAUCCCUGGCGCUCUUAUCAAUAGUACUCAGUCUGCAAAGGAGAGUUUGGAAGUACUAGAACAAGUAAGGACUGGAGCCGUGAAGGUUCUUUUUAUGUCUCCAGAGCGACUAUACAGUGAGAGCUUUCUGUCCGUAUUAACUGAUCUUCCAAGUAUAUCACUGGCUGUGGUUGACGAAGCUCACUGUGUUUCGGAAUGGUCACAUAAUUUUAGACCGUCGUACUACAGGCUUGGGAGUGUUCUUCGUAAUAAAGUUAAGCCUAAAUGCGUGCUGGCUAUGACCGCUACAGCUACUCGAAAAACGAAGGACUCAGUUUUGUCCUCCCUGGGAAUUUCAUCGAAUAAUGUACUGAAUCAGCCUGAAGUUCCACAAAAUCUUGUUCUUACGGUUUCCCGCUGUGAAACCAACAAGUACGUGCUGAUUCAUCUUGGAUCUAACUUACUCUCUUGCAGACUGCAUGCUCUUGCUCAGCUGCUCAACUCUAGCCCAUUUGUGGAUGCGCAGAGUAUUAUCAUAUAUGUCAAAUUUCAGAAUGAAGCGGACCUAGUGUGCAACUAUCUCCAGUCGAAGGGCCUCCUUACAGACAGUUAUCACGCUGGAAGAACGUUACAAACGCGGCGAGAAGUCCAGGAAAAGUUUUGCUUGAACAAACUUCGAGUGGUGGUUGCGACCGUUGCCUUUGGAAUGGGACUUGACAAAAGUGAUGUGAGGGGGGUAAUUCAUUAUUCCAUACCAUCAAGUCCCGAACACUAUGUUCAGGAAAUAGGACGUGCUGGCCGCGAUGGGAAACCUGCAUUUUGUCAUCUCUUUCUUGAUAACUGUAGCUAUUUAAAGCUGAGGAGCUUGGCACACAGCGAUGGUGCUGAUGAAUACGCGAUAAACAAGCUCCUUUCUCGCGUUUUUGGUUCUGGCCGUGGAUUGCAAUCUUUAAAUAUCGAGCAGGCAUGCAGGGAAUUAGAUUUAAAAGAGGAGGUGAUAGCUACAGUUCUCUCCUACUUGGAAGUCGGAGAAGAGCAGCAGUUAAGAGUACUCUCUUCUCUUAAGGCCACAUGUAUCUUACACUUCCACAAGGGUUCACCGCACGUGCUGGCAAGAUCAAAUGCAUUUUGUUCUGCGGUUUUAGAAAGGAAACAAGAAAAGAACGGCGGAUACACUCUCAAUCUACCAUCUCUGGCCGCAGAGAUGAAAGUAACGCUGAUGCAAAUUCAGAGAGAGCUUCAAGCCCUUCAGACAAGAGGAGAAAUCGCGUACGAGCUGAAAGAUCCAGCAUUUUGCUACCAAGUCCUGGAAUCUCCGGAAGACAUUUGCAUGCUCACUUCAAAACUUGCGGACUACCUUUCACAAGCCGAAUCGUGCAAGGUGAGAAAACUGGACGCGAUGUACAAUGCCGCAGCUUUGUCAGUGGGACCUUCGGCUGAAUCACCUAUACGAGCCAGCAUAAAGGCUUAUUUCGAUUCCAGCUCCGACCAACAAGCUCUUACGAUGCCAGGCUUUCUCAAAACCACAAGCUCCUUUUUGCGUGCUGAUGUCAAGGUUUUCCUACGCUCCAACGAAAUGGACUUCACUGGCCGUGCCAUUGCCAGAAUUUUCCACGGGCUGGGAAGUCCCAUGUACCCGGCUUCCUCAUGGUCCAGGAACCAUUUCUGGGGCCGACACAUGGACGUGGAUUUCUAUGCCAUUAGGGAGGUUGCCACCGCGGAGCUCCUUGCUUGUCGCAGUAGCAAGAGAUAACAAGGAGGAGGACGAGGAGGAGGAGAGAUAACCGUUUGGAAGAGCGUGAACCAACUGCCAAGCUUAUAACUAUAGGGUAAAGGAUAAAGGGACAGCUGAGUGAGGAGCGAAAUGGUGGAGCGGUAGCGGAGAAUUGGCAUUGGAUCUCGUUGGGUUUCGAGGAAUCUGG